AUGCGCAGCGGCGGCGCUUCCGCCUUCUCCUCGGCGGGCGGCCAUGGAGGAGGCGGACCGGCGGCGCUUAAGUCGCUCCCGGGUGCAACUGGUGAGGAAGCUGCAGCUGGAGCCGCUCUGGGCGCCGCUGCUGCGCCGGGGCAUCUUCACCGCCAACAUGAUCGAGGAGAUCCAGUCGGCGGGCCCGCGGCCGGACCAGGCGAGGAAGCUGGUGGUCGACCUGGCCACGCGGGGCCGGAGGGCGCUGGCGGAGUUCGUGCUGUGCCUGCGGGAGAGCGGGCAGGAGGCGCUGGCGGAGCUGCUGAGCGAUGGACGAAGCCCCGAGGGAGCCCCGGACCAGCCCCCAGGAGACCCCCGGGCCCAUCCUCCCCGACCCACCCGGGAGGGCCCCUCCCACCAGCCCCGCCAGCCAGGCCCCCUGGAGGAGACGCCCCAAAGGGAUUCUGAGAUGGUUUACUCCCUGAAUUCUGAGCCCUGCGGCUACUGCCUCAUCAUCAACAACGUCCAUUUUGGCAAAGGCACGGGCUUGAAACUUCGCCAGGGCUCCGACGUUGAUCGCCAGAGGCUGGAGAAGAGGUUCCGGGCGCUGCAUUUCGAGGUCUUGACCAAGGAAGACCUCACAGCUCAGGGAAUCGCUCAGGAGCUGCAGAGUCUGGCCGGGCGCAAUCACAGCGGCCUGGACUGCUGCCUGGUAGUCAUCCUCUCCCACGGCUGCGAGAGCUACCACAUCCAGAUUCCGGGCGCCAUCUUUGGGACGGACGGGCAGCGCAUUCCGGUGCAGAAGGUGGUCAGCUAUUUCAACGGCUCCCACUGCCCGAGCCUGAGGGGGAAGCCGAAACUCUUCUUCAUCCAGGCCUGCGGAGGAGAGGAAAAAGACCCAGGCUUCGAAGUGGAGACUGACGCACCGCCAGGCCAGCGUGGAGGGGAGGCCGUGGAGUCAGACGCCACCCCCACGCCGGGCCCGGGAGGAGACGGCGAUGAGCUCGAUGCCACGGCCAGUCUGCCCACGGACAGCGACAUCUUGGUUUGCUAUCCCACCUUCCCAGGCCACGUCUCCUGGCGUGACACCCAGAGCGGAUCCUGGUUCAUCGAGGCUCUGGAUCAGGUCUUGGCCGAAAAGGCCCACCUGGAGGACCUGCCCAGCAUGCUCACGAAGGUGGGGAACAUUGUGGCUGACAAAGUUGCGGGGCCUUACAAGCAGAUGCCGGGUUACUUCAACUUUCUCCGGAAAAAGUUUUUCUUCAAAGCAUGACAACAUUUUGGCUGCUGCUUCCUCGUUCCUGGGACUUGAGACAUAUUUCUGCGGAUGUAUUGAGGGGUGGGGGGUGUUUGAGAUGCUAAAGCCCCAUUUCGCCACCUGGUACUAAGGAUCUGGUGUCUUCCCAGUCCUGCGUUCGAUGGGGAAGCCCCCAGCAACGGGCAGAGACCCCAGACUCCAAAUGAUCCCCCCUCCCCUAUCGGCCAGCCUUUGUAGUCCCACGGGAACCUCCUCUUAAUCUUUUGGCUUCCAGAGUCCUAAAGGAACAAAUCGAUGUGAAUCAGUUUUCUACUGUUUACAUUUCUGUUCUUUCUCUUUUUCAAGAAAUCAAGAUGAUUACAAUGUGAAGGAGCUCAUAUAAAUCGUUUUUGAGCCACAA